AUGAGUUUGAUUACACGCAGAACUAUUGGGCGCCGCCUUGGCUCAGUAAACUCAAUCAAUUCAGCCUUCCAACCCCGCACCUCUGUUGCCUUCCUACUCCCGCGAUUCGUUACCAAUGCUGCUGCUACCAGUAAUGGUCCUGCGGCAAACUCCAAGACCGAAAAGAUUUUGAGUUCAGGUCUCAAAGACUCUCCUGAACUUAUCAUUGACGAAGGUCUUGGCCCCGAAAAAAUUAAUUGGUCAAAAUCGUUCCAUGGAUUGUCGGUAGAACCAUUCAGCAAAGAGACUGCAGAUGUACUACUUGCUCCUCUAGAUCCAGAGGAUGUAGAAGUCAAGCCUGACGGAAUCAUUUACCUGCCCGAAAUCAAGUACCGCAGAAUCCUUAACAAGGCUUUUGGCCCAGGUGCUUGGGGCCUAGCACCUCGAGGGGAGACAAUCGUGACCGAUAAGGCUGUUACAAGAGAAUAUGCUCUCGUCUGUAAUGGAAGACUAGUAUCAGUUGCGCGUGGCGAGCAGGACUACUUUGACCCUAGCGGAAUCCCAACAGCGACCGAAGGAUGCAAGUCUAAUGCACUUAUGCGAUGUUGCAAAGAUCUCGGUAUUGCCAGUGAGCUAUGGGAUCCUCGUUGGAUCAGGAAUUUCAAGAAGAAGUAUUGCGAUGAGAAAUUUGGGGAGCACCAGUUGACCAAGAAGAAAAAGAAGUUGUGGGUCAAGAAGGGAGAUAUGUUGGAAUACCCGUAUAAGGCUGUUGGGUAUUAA